UGUACUUGGUGAUUGUUAUUGGAUGAUAAGACUGGUGUCAGCGAAGUCGAGCGAACCCAAUUGUCUCACCAAGGAGCUUCAAAUGUCGCCUGUUCGGAUGUUGUACGGACUAUACCAAAGACACGCUAAAGUUAACUUUUGUUAUGUUUCUAGAAUUUGAAAGAGUUACUGGUGUUUCUCCAUUGGAUUUUCACUUAUCUCUUUAGAGAAAAGGUGAAUUUGUCUCUGAUAGUGAUUACAUAUUGUUAACAAGGGAGAAAACCAACCUAAAAAAAAGCAUGAGUAGUUUGGAUUCCCACCGGGCUGUCGGACGGAUUCUCCUCGUCACCCUCGCCAUGUGCUACGGGACGGUGAUCUACUGUGAAGCCGUAAAUGUCACAAGUACCUUGCAGCCGUAUUGGCCUAGCCCUUUGGUCCCCAGCCCUACCUUUCAAGCUGAAAGCCCUGGAGGAGGGGGCGAGGUGACUCAAGGGGAUGGGGUAGGAGGGAAAGGUUCCUGCCCAACAUUUUGCUCUUGCCAGCCCUUCGUCACCAACUGCCGCGGGACAGAGAUUAAAUCAAUGGCACAAUUGAAUUUGAAUUCCAACACCCAGAAUUUAUAUAUCGAUGAUACAGAUAUUGAAGUGAUCCGGAAGACUGAUUUCCUAAAUUUGCCGAUGCUGAAAUUAAUAUCCAUCAAAAACAGUGACAAACUGGAAGUCAUCGAGGAAGGGGCGUUCACCAAAAGUCAACUAAUUCUAAUAGAAUUAGACAAUCUCCCGCUGAAGAUGCCGUUACCGAAAAUUAUCGGAGAACUACCACACCUUACCCAGCUACAAAUUACACGAUGCAACCUGAAUGCUGUCCCGAAUAUGACAUCCUUGACUAUUGAUGAGUCGCAAGUUCUCCUUAAGGUGGAUUUGUCCUGGAACAACCUGAGAGUUUUGGAACCUGGGGCUUUCAAGGGUCUCCGGAUUCACAAACUAAAUCUGGAGAGGAACAACAUUGUAACUGUCCCAGACUAUGCGUUCCGUGGAUCAACAAUAGAGAAUCUGUCAUUGGCUUACAAUCCUAUAAGUACGCUCGCUGAGAAUGCGUUUGCUGAGUUUGAUGGACCCGAAAAUCUAUCACUCGAGAAGACGGAUAUCGACUACCUUCCAACCACAGGUCUUAAGUAUCUUAUUGAGCUGAACAUCGAAGGAACAGACAAGCUUUCUGUCUUUCCUCCUAUCUUUCGCUUUGAGCGGAUUCGCGUGGCCAAAUUGACUUACUUCAGUCACUGCUGCGCUUUCAACUACCAAACUAAGGAGAACUACGGAUCUGUGAACAAGCAGAGUGUUACCGCGAAGAUUAGAACAACCUCAUGCCCCUCGACCACAAUGCCAACCAUCACAUCUCGUGGAAUUGACGUGAUUGGUUUCGGUGAUGGAGCCUUUGUCCUGUCAGGGACUGACACGACCAUCCAACGUGGCGCAGAUAUAGAUGAUUAUGGCCAAUCACUCUUUGGACAAUAUCAGGGGGCAGGGAUGCAGAAAGAGAGCUUGCCAAAUUCUGCCUUUGAUCCGAGAGAGCUCAAUGGAUCUAUUAUUGAGGAGAGUAUACCAGUGCAGAAGCCACCACCUAUAGAAGAUGGCUCAUCGUGGACCCCUAAUGGAAUCAAUCCCAAUAUCACACACGACGUUAAUGGCAGCAAAUGCGAUGGUGAUCUAGUGACAACAGAUUACUCAGAUGUCAUGUGCACGCCUCAGCCGAAUGCCUUUCAUCCGUGUUCAGAUGUCAUGGGGUAUGUGUUCCUUCGGGUCAUGGUGUGGUUUGUUUCUGGAACGGCACUCGUGGGCAACUUCAUUGUUCUUGUGGUACUUGCUUCUCAACGUCACAAGAUGACCGUCCCAAAGUUCCUUAUGUGCAACUUAUCUCUUGCUGAUCUGUGCAUGGGCCUGUACCUACUGAUGGUAGCCUCCGUCGAUAUCCACACCCGAGGUGCAUACUUUAAUUAUUCCUUCCAAUGGCAGUACGGUGCUGGAUGCAGUGUAGCAGGUUUUAUAUCUAUGUUUUCCAGUGAACUCUCUGUAUUCUCUCUCACAGUCAUCACGAUUGAGCGAUGGUACACUAUUAUCUACGCGAUCGACCUCAACAAACGAAUUCGACUCCGAUUAGCAGCACGCAUUAUGAUAGUUGGAUGGGUGUUCUCAAUACUGGUAGCUGUGUUACCUCUCUUCAAUGUUGGAAACUAUGGCAUUACUAGUAUGUGCUUGCCAUUCUACAUUGAAAACAGGAAAGACACUGUCACUAUCUCUUAUGUUGUUGUCAUUCUCUUUGUCAACACCAUUGCCUUUGCGGUUAUUUGCGCUUGCUACAUAAAGAUGUACCUCACAGUAAGGAAUCCACAUACAGUCAUGCAGCGCAAAGACUCGAAGGUAGCUAAACGCAUGGCAGUUUUAGUCUUCACAGACUUUGCUUGUUGGGCACCCAUGGCACUUUUUGGUCUGUCCGGUGCGUUGGGUCACCACCUCCUUUCAACAAACCAAUCAAAAAUCUUCAUCGUCCUCUUCUACCCUAUAAACUCCUGUGCAAAUCCUUUCCUAUACGCUAUAUUCACAAAAGCAUUUAGACGUGAUCUGUACCUUCUUUUGGCUAAACAUGGAAUGUGCGAGAAACAAGCGAUGAAGUAUCACCCAACAGCAACAAGCGGCCAGCGCUCUGUUUCCCAGAUCAACUCGACUGCUCAUGACAACAAGGUCAAACAAUAUCACCGGGAUUCUUCUGGGUCAGUCCUCACCGGCAUUACCAGCUAUAGCCAGUCGUCUGUUGGCUAUGAAAAGGAUUUUGCAUCAAAUUCCAACGGUAGUCCGCAGCACCCAGUAAAACCAAACUCGAACUCGAUUCCAAUGGUUCCAUUUCGCGACGAGCGAUCAAAGGAUGGCGACAACCAACGGCACCAAAGGAAUGACAUUCAACCGAACAGCCAUCAGUCUACAGCUUCCGAUAAGCAUCAGUCUUUUGUUGAUCGUGUCAACAUCACAUUAGAAGUUUCCAUUGAAGGCCUGGAAACGGUUCCCGAAGAGGUCGACCAGAAUGAUAACUACGAUGGCCAGUAUGAGCCGACUGUCUCGUUCUACAAGCGGGAUGGGGAUAGUUACAAAGAGAAGCAUUUUCUCUUACCUCAGGUGGUACAGAGUUACCACAGUGAUGAUGAAGAUGUGCAUUCUACAGAAACUGGUGAGAGGAAUCGCAACAAUUGUGGCCUGACCCUCACACCUCACCAGGAUUACAACCACUCCGUGGACAAUGAGGAUACCUUCCGUAAGAACAGUCGGGCUGAUAGUGGUAUACAAUCAAACAACACCACACCCACCGACAAGGAAGGAACACAGAAGCAACUUGAUGUUCACUUGCUCCCAUGUUCUACAGACCAUGAAACAGUUCUUUAAAGACUCCUCAUGUAAUUCAUAUAUUUUUCUGCAGGAAUUGUAUAUAACACAAACUGUCAAAAUCGAUCAACACGAUGGGACCCUUGAUGUAAAUAAUUGUAAAAUAGUGCACAUAUUUAUUUGCUUGUAUUUUGUAUCUUUUAAAUGUACAUAUCUGUUAGGAUUCUGAAGUGCAAUGUGUAGUAAAUUGUUUCACCUUUAAUAUAAAUUACAAAAACUUCUUUUACAUCUCUUUAUGAGUACACGCUGAAUUGUAUCGACCACUUCAUCCCGAAUUAUUGAUCUAUUGUUUUAUGAACACAAAAAGCAACAUGAUGCAAAACAACCAAUCUUUCUAAGAAUAAAAGGAUCACAGACAAUUAUUAUGUCAAGGGUUAUAUGACGCCAUAUGCCCAGAGAUGACUGCACUCUUGAAAUAAUUUAAAUCGGCUAAUCUUUAGAGAUAUUUCACAAUGACGACACUCUAGAUGCAUUUAACUGAAAGUCCAGUCUUCUUAUGGAUGGUCCAAAACGACAUUGACAUUUUUACUUUGGACAUUAGCGGAUGAUAUAAUUCUUGUGAUAAACUGUGAUAUUUGGCUCGAAUGCACGCAUGGAAAUAUUAAAUUUCAUAUGUUUGAUUGUUUUGCGAUUUGCAAACUGGACUUAAAAGUUGACUCAUGAAAUUGUAACGAUGUUUAAGCAUAUUUUCGACAGUGUGGCUGUGUUUAAUCAAGAUGCCCCAUUAAAUUUUUGGUUCUUGAAUUCGAUUGGUAUAUGUCAGUGUAAAUUUAAAUUGUAUAGUGUAUGAAUUUUGUAUCAUGCAGAUAUAUUGAUGACUUUGUUUCUGUGACAAUUAUUGUUUACUUAUACAGCAUCCCAAUAGUAUGUUAAAUAUUUUGAAUAUUGUUUUGUGAUGUGCUGUCGUCUUGGAUUUUGUAUUUUGUUCGUAAUGAAUGUAUCAUAUGAAAUAUUUUAUGCUGCAUUUGAUAAAACAAGAGGCUUUAGUUUUAAGUAAAAAUUUUCGUUAGGGAGAACAGCCUUGGUCUCAAGUCAUUUUAUUUGUUCUUUACAUUUUAUACAGCGUGUACAAAAAAUAUCCCUUUUACAUAGGGCUUAACUUUCCAACAGCUAGUAGUAUUUUAUGUACAAGAAUAGAAAGCUCAUUUUAUGUUCUAACUUUUAUGUUCUGAAAAUUUAAUUUGCUUCAGCGGUUUUGAAUACACAUUAUGUUACAUACCAGUGGUGCUUUUCAGCCCAUUUCAAGUUCGCAGCAUUGCUGUAUUUCUGCUUAUUCAUGUUAACUCGCAUUUUACCAUCCAGUAUCUGAGCAGGGGAUAUUUCCCUGAUCUAUCAGGGCUCAUCAAUAAGUUUACCUGGACCAGGCGCGCAGCCAGGGGGGCGGUGGGGGUGGUCGCCCCCCCAAAAAAAAUCGUCCCC